AUAAAGUGAGCAGAAAUAAAACGAUAACGGUUGGUUUUCUUGGACGUAAUAAGGAUGACAACAUAUUCCAUAAGCCUGGAUGACGUGGAUCUAGCGUUGCUGCCUCUGCGUUCACACUCAUACAACAACUUCCUGAAGAAAGAACACUACCAGUUCCAAGUGAUGAAGUCAGUACCGGAGUGUGCCACUCAAUACACGUGUCACAUAUGUGCUAUCCAAGUGCCGGUAGCAUUCGCUUACGAGCACGCCGCGAGCGUGAAACACCAAGCGAACGUUCGCAUAGCGAGCGUAGCGGCUGAGCGAAUGCGCGCGUUCAUCUCCGCUCUGCCCCCUCCAUUCGUCAAACCAGCUGGACGCUUCUGCGCGAACUGCGCGAUAGAAGUGGACGAAGGCCACGAAAAAACAAAGGAACAUCGCAACGCGGCGAUGCUUGAUAACCUGUUAAAGGAUCUGAUGAAAGUAUACGUUCAAGAUGAAGACGAAGAAAUAUUUGAUAGUAAUAAUAAUAAAACAUGUGAGAAUAAUGAUAGCGGCAAAAUUAAUGAAUUUAAUAACGAUGUAAGUUGUGAAAAAGCCGGUGGAGAUAAUAGAAAUAACGCAAUUGCUAACCGUACAAAGAACAAUCAACCGACAGAAGUAAUAGAUGAAGGAACAUAUGAGGAAGACCACACUGAGGAAAAUAGUGAAACCGGUGAUAAGAUUGAGGAAUGUAGUGAAAAUGAAGAAUGCACUAAUGAAACUGAAUACAAUGAGUCUUUAAACUCCGAUACGUCUAAAAAUAUCACAAAUAAAAGCACGGCAGAAAAAGCCACUAAUGUGAACUAUAUCGAACGUUAUCAAGAAGAACUGCGCGAAUUCCUUGAUGAGAAUGAUGAUUUCGAAUAUCAAGAAUCAAUUCAAAUAAAUAUUAAGUUCAAUGAGUAUAAGUUAAGAAACAUUGGAAGUGAACAUUUACACAGUUAUGAAAAAAAAUUAUUUAGUGAUAAAAUAAAAUGCAUAGUUUGCGAUUGCGUUUUAGAUUAUGAGGAAGCAGAAGAUCAUAAAUAUGAUUUUGAUCAUAUAUGCAGGAUCGCGAACUUUGGAAACGAUGGUCAUUUUGUUAGAGAGAUAUCCACAUUCAUUUCAUUGACACUCUAA